GCAGACCGAAGGCACUCAAUGUGUCAGCAUCCCAGUCCCACACAUCACAGAGUCCACCCCGCGGGGCUCACAUACAUCCCACGCAGACCUGCUUCGUGGAUUUUAUACCAGUCUCGCUCAGUCUUGAGACAACCAGUGGCAUUAAACAAAUAUCCUUAUCGGUCGGCGCCCAACACACUGGAGGCGCCAUCAAGGGCUCAUUUUACGCUCCCAGUGGAUCCUGGUGAGAGGGCAUUCAGACGUCCCAAGAUGGAAUUCCUCCUGCGUUUUGGCGGGGUCCACGAAACCUUCCGCCUCGCCGAGAUCCAGGCCUUGGCCAUCGUCGAAGGUGUGAAGAUGGAGGUGGUUUUGUACGAUCCAGAUGUAUGUCCCAACACUGUGGCAGCCUAGCAACCGCCAGUCUCGCGCCUUCGUGCUUUCCCCUUGAUAUCUUGCACCGUAUCUAAGCCGAGCCUGUCUCCUGACGACGGCAGCGACACCCGAACCGGCCCCUGACCCCCUUUCUCUCUCUCUCUCUCUCUCCCGACCCUACUAGUCCCCCUUCUGCAUCCUCAAGAUGGAUUCCCCGGCCGCCGCGGCCGCCCUGAUCCGGCGCUCGGUGCUGAGCCAGAGCAUCCACGAGCUCUGGGGCCGCGGCGACACCUACGACGAGCUGCACGCCUCUGUGCGGUCCGACUCGGCGCACCUGUGGCCCGCGCACGCCGCGGCCUCGUGGCGCUUCAACGUCGACUCGUACCGGGGCGCGCGGACCCAAGGCAAGAUCGUCGACAUCAUCAACAGCUUCUCGUACCUGCCGCUCGCCGGGCCCAUCCGCAUGCGCGGCGCCGACACGGAGCUCGUCGUGCUCGAGCACUGGGCCGACUGCGCCGUGCCCUUGGGGCUCGAGCUUCCCGAGCGCCUGUACCUGGGCCGCGUGCUCGCCUCCAGCCCGCGAGCCGACCUGCUGGCCCGCUUCGACCUCAAGCGGCGGCGCUACAUCAGCACCACCAGCAUGGACAGCGAGCUCGCCCUCGUGACGGCAAACAUCGCCCUCGCGGGGCCGGGCCGCCUGUUCUACGACCCCUUCGUCGGCACCGGCAGCUUCCCCGUCGCGGCCGCCCAGUGGGGCGCCCUGGCCUGGGGCAGCGACAUUGACGGCCGCGCUGUCCGCGGCGACGAGCAAGGCGACACCGGCAGGACCCUGCGGGGCAACUUUGCACAGUACGGCCUGCUGGCCGGCCUCGCCGACACCUUUAGUGCCGACAUCACCAACUCCCCCAUUAGGCGGUGCCCCCUGGGUAGCGCCGGCGCCGGCACUCGGUGGAACAGGCGGUGGCUGGACGGCAUCGUGUGCGAUCCGCCGUAUGGCGUACGCGAGGGGCUGCGGGUUCUCGGAGUCCGAAAUGACGAAAAGCAGGCGCACGUCGUCAAGGCGGGCAUGGAGAUGUACAAAGACCUGGAUUUUAUCCCACCCAAAAAGCCAUAUAGCUUUCUGGCGAUGCUGGACGACCUGCUGACCUUCGCGGCCGAAACGCUGGUCGACGACGGCCGGCUCGCCUUCUGGAUGCCGACUGCGAACGACGAGCUGCUGGAGCUGGCCGUACCGACGCACCCCUGCAUGGAGCUGGUAACGGUUUGCGUGCAGACCUUCAACAAAUGGUCGAGACGCUUGAUUGCAUACCGCAGGAUACCAGACGAUCUGGUAGAUGCCGUGGCGCUGUGUGAGGCCUUGGAGAGGCGCGCGGCCAGAGAGAGCGAGGGCAGGACGGCGGACGAGCUGAACCCGUUCAGGAGAGGCUACUUUACAAAGUUCAAGACUGACGACAUCGAGCGGACACCGUCAGCCACCCAUUAGGAAAAAAAGACAACCCAAAUAAAAUAAACGAAGAACAGGGGAGAACGCCUCACAGAAAGCUCACCACCGGCUUCGGCAAGCCCAACAAAUGGUGCGAGAGCAGCUCCAGCGCCCGCCCGGUUUUGUGAAAAGAUAUCCAGGCGUCCCAUAUAAGAAUUCCAUGUUGCUGUAAGACCUCCCAAUGCUAUGUACCUCCAAAAAAAAAAAAAAAGACCAAACGGAACCAGCCUAGGCCUGGCUUUAAUGAUUGAAAGAGUAAAAUGAGAUGGAAGCUCCCAAUGCCAGCAGUGAGGAAAGGGGCCGACGGGAGGGCGGCGAAGCCAACACAACCAACCGCUCGUGGAACACUCACACGUAAAGAAAAGAAAGACCCGAAAUGUGCUGUUGUUGCCGUUCUGAUCCCCGUGUAUAUCCAAUGCUACAGCCUCCGGCCAGCAUCCGUUCCUUCAUGCCGUC